AUGUGGUCACUCAUGAAUAUCUUGGCCGUGGCGACCGCGCUAACGGCCAGUACUGUCGCGCAAUCCAACAAUUCCGACGUCGACAGCAGCAGCAUCAUCUACCAGCUUAGCACCGACAGCGAGUUCGCAUUUCUGCUAGAAGAGUACUUGGCACUCGCGAGCGGUGGAGGAUCGGCGACUGGCGAAGUCCUCCGUGCCGCAAGCCAGAUCGUUUCAGGUGACUACGAAAGCUGGUACUCCGAGUUCAAGUUCCUCGGCGACGCAAUGCACGAGAAGGCGACGGCCACCAACGCGACACGCUUCCCCGUGUCGGCCCGGGACAAUUACUUCCGCGCUGCCAGCUACUACCGGGCGGCCGACUUCUUCCUGCACCAGAACCAGAGUGACCCCCGGAUCUACUCACUCUGGGACAUAGCGACCGCCGACUUUGACACUGCGACCAGCCUGCUUGAUGUGCCGCCCAUCAUCUUGAACAUAUCCGGACCAGGUUUUACCAUCCCCGCCUAUUACUUCUCUGCUAGCCCCAAACACAAACCAGGCUGCACACCUGAGAAGCGUCCCACCGUCAUCGUGGGUUCAGGCUACGACGGCUCUCAGCAAGCCCUUUACCACUCCCUUGGCCGUGCCAUGCUUGAGCGCGGGUACAACUACAUCAGCUACGAAGGCCCAGGACAGCCGAGCCCGCGCCGGUACCAGAAUCUCGGCUUCAUCCCCAACUGGUGGGACGUAGUCACGCCCGUCGUCGAAUACCUGCACACGCUCGGCGACGUCGACACCACGCGCAUCGCGCUGAUCGGGGAGAGCUUUGGCGGCACGCUCGCCCCGCGCGCCGCCUCCGUCGAGCACCGGCUCUCCGCGGUCGUCGCGAUCGACGGCAUCACGAGCAUGCAGACUACACUGCUGGAACAGUUUCCGGCGCAGCUGACCGCGUUAUACAACAGCGGGAAGCCGGCCGUGUUUGACGAGGUGAUGCUCGGCCUCAUGCGCAACACGAGUGUGCCGACGAAUCUGCGCUGGGUCAUUGCGCAGGGCAUGUGGUCGUUCAACACCGAGAGCCCGUAUACCUGGCUGCAGAAACUGGGCGAGAUCACGUCGGAGAAGGAUACCCUCGAGAAGAUCACUUGCCCCGUGCUGGUGUUUGGUGCGGAGCACGAUAUCCUGCCGGUCCAGCAGAGCAGGGACAUGGCUGCUGCGCUCGGGGACUUGGCGACGUAUUACCUCUUCAAGGCUGAUGUUGGUGCUGGCGAGCACUGUCAGCUUGGCGCAGAGGCACAGCUGGCACAGGUGACCUUCGACUGGUUGGCGGAUGUCUGGGGGCUGUAG